AUGGGAGAUAUCGGAAUUCCUUCUCGAUGUAAAUUUCCUGAGGUGCAGCAGCAAGUCUAUCAUGCUCAAUGCGGAGACGAUUCUUCUGAGCGAGAAGCAGACGAUGCUCGGAGAAAAGUCGUGCCCCUUUUGGCAAGACUACACCGAGGCUCGGUGCUGUUUCCCAAGUCGCAGGGCUACAUUUACUCUGUCUCUGUUGGAAAUCUCCGCUAUCGUCUAAAAAUUCCUGCCGCUGUUGUGCAUGCAGUAACAGUAUGGGAUGUCGUGGCGGCAGUCCGAUUCUGCAGUCAAGAGAAAUUGAAGUUGAACAUCCGACGUGGUGGACACUCGAACGCGGCGCAUUGCUUGAACGACAAUGGUAUCGUUCUGGAUAUGCGAAUGUUAAACAAAGUGGUCAUUCAGUCCAACCAGGAAAGGAUCUAUGUGUCUGGUGGUGCGCUGUGGAAAGACGUAUAUAAAGAGCUACAUGAUAAAGAUCCUCGUCUUAUCGUUGUGGGUGGUCAGUGUCCGACUGUCGGCGUGAGUGGCUUCUUGCUUGGCGGCGGUAUAAGCCCAUUCUCUCGCUCCUAUGGACUGGGCAUCGACAAUAUCGAAGUGAUACAGAUUGUCAAGGCGAAUGGAGAAUUGGCUAUUGUGAGCGCAGAAAACCAUCCUGAUCUCUUCUGGGCACUCCGUGGUGGAGGUGGCGGUAAUUUCGGCGUCGCAACCGGAUUCUUCUUGAAGCUCCAUAAGCUCAAUCAUCCUGAAGGACUAGUGACGUGUGGUACACUAGGAUGGUCGAUUGAGGACUCGACAUCAAGAAAGAAAUUUAUCGACACGAUGAGGAACUGGGAUCAAAGUCCCCUGCCGGCAGCACUAUGCGGCGACGCCCUCUGGCGAUACAGACGAGACCGCGAAAGCAAGGAGAAAAAGCUCUGGGCAGAGAUAACCACCAUGUACAAUGGUGGAAAGAGCGAGUGUAUUAGCGAGUUGGCUAAGGUUUUGCGCGGUGAACCUGAUGUGAACACCCCCAAGGAGAUGAAAUUCUAUGAAUGGGAAGUUGGGGGAGAGGCGUUUGCCAACCAUUCUCGAGUCCAUCACCACCAUUCCUCUGUUAUCAUUGAGAAAGAAUGGAUGAUUUCCAUAAAAGAACAUGAGCCGGAAAGCGAGAGGGGUGGAUGUCACGUUCUUUGGGAUCAUCUUGGUGAGCAAACAGGCCAAUGGAAGCCGGACGAAACAGCCUUUCCCUGGCGUACCGGAGAGUACGCGCUUUCGAUGAAAUCAAGCUGGGAUAAGGAAGAGAAGGAAGGCCAGAUGAUUCGAGAAGUGCAAAGACUCCGGGAGGAGCUAAAGAAAUUUGCCAUCGGAGGGAAAGCGGCAUAUGUGAACUACAUCGACAACACAUUGACUGACUGGUGGGAUGCAUAUUACGAUGCCAACUACAAGAGGCUCCGGCAGUUAAAGGAAAUUCACGAUCCUGAAGAGUUCUUUGAGUUCCAGCAGAGUAUUCGGAAACCCAAAAGCGAACAUCCAGCAAUGCCUGCUAUACCGUCAUGCAAUACUACAGACUAUAAGGCGGAAUUGGAAGAGAAGAACGAUUCCGUUGAAGACGUAAUCGAAAAUACUACUCAGAACCAGGAAUUAAGAUCCCAUAAUGCCCCCGCUCAGUCAGCAUAUGCAAUGAGAUAUGGCAGUCUUCAAAGUGGGCGUUGGUCUGCAGUGCAUUUGAAGCGACAGUUUUAG